AUGACGCGGCUCUGUGUGGAUCCAUCAGCUCUCGCCCUUCAGUUUCCUCGCGCGGCGCCAACGACUCCAGUGCGCGUUCGAGUUUUGGCCCAAGUCCAGCACUACGACGAAGCGUAUGCGCGCCUCUUUGUGGUGCGGUGCGCCAAUCUUCCGCGCACCGAGCAGAUUGAUCUCGAUGGAGAUGGCGAGAACAAAAAUCAAAAUACGACGGUAGCAGUCGAUGUUAGUGAAGUCUUAGCAAAUUUGGGCCCGCGGCAUGUGCGUGUUGGCGCCGUCGUUAGUAUUUGGGGAAUGUAUGAUGGUGAAAGCAUUCAUGCGGUUGAAUGUGAGGGUGUCGAAAGUGCAGACCUUACAGGACAAGCAUCUGUUUUGGCUGAAAUAGCAGCACUUGGCGACCUUUGA